UCUAUUUUUAUUUUAUUAUUUAUUUUUAUGUUAACAACAAAUAUUUCUGAUGCAUUUUUAUUUGGAAGUAUGGGAGGUGGGGGUGGAGGUUGUUGCUGUUGUUGUGGCGGUGGGGGAGGGGGUGGAGGUGGAUGUUGUGGAGGUGGAGGGGGAGGUUGUUGUACCCAAACAGUAACUUGUUGCCAAACAUAUCAAGUUCAAAGCUGUGGUGGUGGUGGUGGUGGGUGUUGUGGAGGUGGAGGAGGAGGUGGAUGUUGUGGUGGAGGAGGAGGGUGUGGAGGAGGUUGUGGUUGUGGAGGAGGAGGGGGAUAUGGAAAGAAAUAAAAAUUUAAAAAAAUAUAUAA